CUUGAUGGGGGAUAGAAGUUAUAACUGGACAUCCAUGGUGAAGAUGAGGCGGUCAGUGUCUGGGAAUUGAAAAUUGCUGAGGAGAUUGAGGGCAUGAGAAGUGUCGCGGAUGUGGGUUGGGAGGGAUUGACCUGAAGGGUUUAGAAUGGAGACAAUGUAUGAGGACACGAGUUCAGUGGGGCUGGAGCAGGAAUUCCCUUUCAGUUGUACUUUACACUGAACCAGGCUCCGCGCUCCGGGUUCAUUUAUAUUCAGACCUCUUUAAUGUGUUUCUGAUCCCACCCUGACGUGGAAAUUGCCGGGAUUCCUGUCCAGAGAACACUUGGAGCAACGUUGUUCAUUCCCGAGUCUGCAGCGCCCCUAGUGGACAUGCCCGGUACUGCCGGGUUCUGCAGCGCCCGAAAGUGAAAGGACCCUGAACCAGGAAGUACCGGGAGAUAACAUGGCUUCGAAAGGACAGGUCGAGAGUUGGACCGAGGAGGUAAUUUGUCCCAUCUGCCUGGAUUUCUUCACCGAUCCGGUGUCACUGGAGUGUGGACACAACUUCUGCCGCACCUGUAUCACACGGUGUUGGGAAAGGGAGGAGAGAAACUCCUGCCCGGAAUGUAGAGAGGAGUUUGCAGACCGCACCCUCAGGGUCAGUCGGGUGUUAGCAAGACUGGCUGAAAAAGCUCGAAAACUGCACCUGAAGCCGAAAGGGAAGGAAAGUAAACUUCACUGCGAGGAACAUGAGGAAGAACUGAAGCUGUUUUGUGAGACGGACAAGACACUGAUCUGCCUGAUCUGUAGAGAUGCGCGGGAACACAAGUCUCACAACUUCAUGCCGGUUAAAGAAGCCGUUAACAUUUACCAGGAUCGGGUUAAAUCUUCCUUGGACUCUCUCACAAAAAGACAAGCAGACUUCCAGGAAAUGGAGCAGCAACAGAAAGAGAAGAUUUCUGGAGUUCGGGAACAGUCACAAAGUGUUCAGUCGCAGAUCACAUCCCAGUUUGAUGAACUGCGCCGGAUUAUCACCGAAAAAGAGCAGCGUGUACUCCGAGAUAUCAGGGAAGAAGAGGAGAGGAUUCUAAAUCCAAUGGAGAAAAAUCUUCAAGUAAUUCAAAAGAAUUUAAAUGCCAUCUACAAGGAAAUCUCAAAGUUACAGGAACAGAUGGAUCAACAAGACAAUAUCAUAUUCCUCAUGGAGGAAGCUCGUCGGAAAAGGAGGAUUAGUGAUAAUUUCCAGACAUUGUCAGUGAGAGACGGUGCCCUAUUGGUUGAAAAAUUCGAUUACCCCUAUUUGCUCGACAUAGCAUCGGAAGAAGUGGUUGGCGGCAUUAAACAUGUCUCUGUCACCCUGGAUGUGGAAACGGCGCAUCCGCGGCUCGAGGUGUCUGAGGAUCGGAAAAGUGUGAGAUGGACCGGGACCCGGAGGAAUCUCCCUGACACCGGGAAGAGGUUCACAGUCUGGGCUUGUGUGCUGGGAUCGGAGGGAUUCACAUCGGGGAGACAUUACUGGGAGGUGGAGGUGAUGGGGAAUCGGCGCUGGUGUCUGGGAGUCGCCGCAGAGUCUGUGGAGAGGAAGAGAGGGGUCACACUGAGUCCGGAGACCGGUUUCUGGACCAUCGCGCGGGUUGAUGACGAGAUGUGGGUUUACACCUCCCCUGUGUCCCGUCUCCCUGCCGGUCCCAUCCCCGGGAGGGUGGGAGUUUAUCUCAGUUACGAGUCCGGGACAGUUUCAUUUUACAACGCCGAGACCAAGUCCCAUCUCCACACCUUCACUGGGAAUAAAUUCACGGAGAAACUUUAUCCUUUCUUCUGGACUGGAUAUGAAAACGAGUGGCUGAGAAUCUGCUCCGGUUCCGCUGCGGGUCUGUAAACGGGUCGGGUCCCGGGACCGGUGUCAGGAGUCAGUCGGUGCGGAGAGUGAAAUAAACACGAUGUGAGAAUUAUCGAUCCAUUAAUUUUAACUCGUUCACCGCGUCCGUCAACGGAACAGAAACACUGCGGAUUCAGCAGCAGCCGCGGGCGGCGGGUCCUGAGCUCCCCGGCUCCCCCGGGUGGUAAAUCCACCGGGACUGACAGGGUAACUGGGGCAAGUGGGGGUGAU